AUGGCGGAUCUUCGCCGCUCAACAAUGAGGAUUCAGCUGUUCGAUCAACCGAAUGAUCUUUUGAAUAAUCAACCUCCUUCAUCUUUUGACAAAGAUAGUUCAAGUGAAGAAAGUACUGCAUCUACUUCAACUGAAGGCGUGCCGAAUGAUACAGCAGAUCACUGUGAUGAACCAGGAUCUUCAAAACAUGUUCCUCAUUUAUUAAGUCAACUUGAGUUAAAUGAUUUAGUUAGAGACUUGGGUUUAACAAGGUUGAAACAAUGGAAUCUUUUACUCGAUGGUGUAUAUUCGAUGGAUUGCUAUUAUCGACAGCUUUGGGAAGAUAAACGAUUGGCUUCCAACAUGAAUAGAGAGAACAUUUCUCUGAGCAUUAAAUUCCUUGAGAGAAUUUGGCAUCCAGACACUGUGUUCUUUAACGGUCGGAGGUCAUAUCUGCACACAAUAACGACGCCAAAUAAAUUUAUUCGUCUCAACAGAAAUGGUACGAUUCUGUUUUCCCAAAGAUUAACUGUCCGUGCAAGCUGUAAGAUGCAUCUGGAAAACUUCCCAAUGGAUACGCAGCAAUGUCCACUUGAGUUAGGCAGCUUCGGCUAUUCAGCAGAUGAAGUGAUCUACAAGUGGCACCCUGGACUGAAAGAACCUGUUGAAAUCGCAUCUCAUAUGACCUUGAACCAAUUCGACCUGAUUGGUUAUCCUGCAAGCAACUUUACUAAACUAAUCAAAGACAGUACGUACAAUAAAUACCACAGUUUCUUAUUCGUACAUGAUAAGAAUUAUUUCAAUGGUUAUAGUAGUUUUGUGAAUGCACAUACGUACCUGAGUUUGCGUUCUAGCUUCAAUUCUUCAGCUGAAGCAGAAUUCUUUACAAAGCUAAUGCUCGUUAUUUCCUUGCACUGCUGA